AUGUCCACAAAUUUUGAAAAUGAUUUCUACUUUAAUUUCCAGAAAUACACACUAGUACUUUUAGCAUUUAUUGGUUUCGUUGCCGCAGAUGUUUCACAUCUUUCAAGCUCAUACCUACCACCAGCAGCACCACAACCACAAUAUUUACCACCUCCUCAGCCACAAAAGCAAUAUAUUCCUCCUUCACCACCGAAGCAACAAUAUUUACCACCUGCACCUCCUCAGCAACAAUAUUUACCUCCAUCACCUCCACAAGAACAAUAUCUACCACCAGCUCCAGCACCGAUUGCACCUCAACAAACAUAUUUGCCACCAGAACAGCAUUAUGAAGCUCCAGCUCCAGCACCAGCACCAGAAUAUCUACCACCAGCACCACACGCUGCACCUGCUCAACCGGCUCCUGAAUAUCUGCCACCAGCUCCAGCUCAUGAGGUCACCAACGAUGGUUAUCAUUACAGGACCAUACGCAAGUAUCGUUUCAGAAGUCAUUAA